GACAACACUGACCGGGUAGCUAUGGAGAUAGUCGGUUUUCCUGGUAGCUUUCUUUGACAGGUGUCGAGUGGGAUAACGUAAAAGUACCAGCGCGGCUUCCAAGAUGUACGGCAAGGGCAAAGGAGCUGUGGUCCCCUCCGAUAGCCAGGCGAGAGAAAAGUUAGCGUUAUAUGUGUACGAGUACCUGCUACAUGUGGGAGCACAGAAGUCCGCACAGACCUUCCUGUCCGAGAUUCGAUGGGAGAAGAAUAUUACAUUAGGGGAGCCCCCUGGAUUCCUUCAUUCGUGGUGGUGCGUAUUCUGGGAUUUGUAUUGUGCGGCUCCAGACCGAAGGGAGACAUGCGAGCACUCCAGCGAGGCCAAGGCCUUCCAUGACUACAGCGCAGCGGCAGCGCCCAGCCCGGUGAUGGGCAACAUGCCCCCCAACGACGCCAUGCCAGGUGGUCCCAUGCCCCCAGGCUUCUUCCAGGGACCACCCGGCUCUCAGCAGUCCCCCCACGCACAGCCCCCCCCACACAACCCCAGCAACCCUAUGAUGGGACCCCAUGGCCAGCCUUUCAUGUCACCGCGGUAUCCAGGUGGACCACGCCCCGCACUCCGAAUGCCAAAUCAGCCUCCUGGGGGAAUCCCUGGAUCUCAGCCGCUCCUGCCAAACAGUUUGGACCCAACAAGACCGCAAGGACAUCCUAACAUGGGUGGACCAAUGAGAAUGAACCCCCCACGAGGAAUGGCCAUGGGCCCACAGAACUAUGGAGGCAUGAGACCUCCUCCCAACUCUAUGGGUGGUCCCAUGCCAGGAAUGAACAUGGGUCCCGGAGGAAGAGGGCCUUGGCCAGGACCUAAUGCGAACUCGAUAGCGUACUCCUCCUCAUCUCCAGGAAACUAUGUGGGUCCUCCAGGAGGAGGGGGUCCGCCAGGAACUCCCAUCAUGCCCAGCCCAGGUGAUUCAACCAACUCCAGUGAAAAUAUCUAUACAAUGAUGAAUCCAAUCGGACCAGGAGGCAACAGACCCAACUUCCCUAUGGGACCUGGGCCUGACGGACCAAUGGGAGCUAUGGGAGCCAUGGAGCCACACCACAUGAACGGAUCACUAGGGUCUGGGGAUAUGGAUGGGUUGCCAAAGAGCUCUCCUAAUAACAUGGGGGGCAUGAACAAUCCUCCCGGAACGCCGAGAGAUGACGGCGAAAUGGGCGGGAACUUCUUGAACCCAUUCCAAAGCGAAAGUUAUUCACCCAACAUGACGAUGAGUGUGUGAUUUUACUUUUUUUUAUUUUUUUUUGUAUUUUUGUUUAAUCCUCCCCACCCCCUAUUUUUUUUCUUCAAUUCAAUCCUUACGUCACAUCGGA